AUGGCUGUUCGCGCCCAAUUCGAAAACUCCAACGAGGUCGGGGUCUUCUCUACCCUUACCAAUGCGUAUGCAAUUGUCGCAGUCGGCGCAUCUGAGAACUUUUACAGUGUCUUCGAAGCCGAACUCCAAGACGUCAUACCAAUCUGCCAUGCUACCAUAGCAGGCACCCGGAUCGUCGGCCGCCUCACGGCUGGUAACAAGAAAGGACUUCUUGUCCCCACCACCACGACCGACCAAGAGCUCCAACAUUUGCGAAACUCCAUACCAGACAGCGUCAAGAUUCAGCGGAUAGAAGAGCGGUUAUCAGCGUUGGGCAACGUCAUAUGUUGUAACGACCAUGUUGCUCUAGUACAUCCAGACAUUGAGCGGGAAACAGAGGAGAUAAUAGCAGAUGUGCUCGGUGUCGAGGUGUUUAGGCAGACCAUUGCAGACAACGUCCUCACUGGAUCAUACAUGGCAUUGAGCAAUCAAGGCGGCAUUGUCCACCCAAAGACGUCGAUUCAGGACCAGGACGAGCUUUCUAGUCUGCUGCAGGUACCCCUCGUUGCGGGCAGUGUGAAUCGUGGCAGUGCCGUGGUGGGUGCGGGUAUGGUUGUUAAUGAUUGGAUGGCGGUUACAGGUCUCGAUACCACAGCCACAGAGUUGUCAGUCGUCGAGUCUGUCUUCAGGCUAGGCGAAGGCAAUGGACCCAGCAAUAUCAAUACGACGCACAAGGAUGCCAUGGUUGAAUCUUUCUAUUAG